CCUCAUUUCAACAACGUUUCAUCGACUCCAAAUGUCAUCCGGUUUGCUGGUAGAAAGAGAGACCACAUAAAACUUUUCUUCAAGUUUCCCGGAAUGUCUUUUUCAUUCAAGCGGCCACAUACUUGCCCUCUCUUUGCAAUUCUCCCGUCAACAGCUUGGAGAUAAAGGACCGGGAGCAAAGAUGUCCAUCAAUGGCCUGACCUCUCUGGCAGGAACAAUGGCUCUAUUCAUUGGGAAAGGUGACGGAAUACGAAGGGACCAAACGUGUCCGAAAAGCAAAGACGAACCUGCGGCAUAUUUAACGAUAGGUCUCCUCCAUUCUGCCCUUCCUUUAGUCCUUGGUUGCCGCUUGCUGGAGUUAUGGGCUGAAGAAAACAACAUCUUCGUGCCUGAAACGUAUUCCCAAGAAUGGUUCAAAGCCCUGGUUCUGCUGAAAUGAAGCGGGGAGAGAAAGCAGAAGUUCCCGCGGGAUGCGCAUUUACUUGCACCGUCCAGAGGUGCCUGGUGUUCCUUGGGAUCUUCAUUUUGCUGACCGGAACAGGGAUCGGGAUCUGGUUUUGGGUAAAAUCUCUGCCAAGUCCCUUCCACCUUCAGCCCUUCCAGGACUCAGCAGCUGUUCUCGCAAGAUGCACAAAUGUUACAACGGAAAUGGAACGAGACCCAAAUAACCCUUUUGGAAAUGCCGGUGGAAAGAAAGUAUAUUUCAGAAUAAACCGAAGCAACUUCCUGCUGGAGGGCCAAGUGGAGGGUCUACCCAACCGGCUUCUUCUGUGCCAUGAAAACUGGGACCUCUCCUUGGGGAUCCUCAUCUGCCGACAACUGGGACACUUGCAACUCACCCACCACAAAGGGGUCAACCUCACAGACGUGAAGGUGGGCAUCACCCAAGAGUUUCUGCAAGUUUCGCCCAACUGGAAGGAGAACGCCAAAGAGAGAUGGCAGAUCAGAAGCAGAUGCUCAUCAGGUCGGAUCGUGGCCCUUAAAUGUUCUGAGUGUGGCAUGAGGACAACAGGGACAACUGGAAGGAAGGAUCUCCCCUUGGGCCACCAGCCAUGGCAGGUUGGCCUCCAUCUCAAUGGCAAGCGGGUCUGCGGAGGGGCUUUGCUGUCUCGCCAAUGGAUCGUCAGUGCCGCCCAUUGCAUGGACAGUCCUCCUAACUUUUCCAACUGGGUGGCCUUGGUAGGACUUGGUGUCCCUACCAGAAGCAAAGAAGAGGCGGGACAAGCGGUGGGCAAAAUAAUACUCCACCCCAGCUACAACCCUGUGAACCGUGACUACGACCUCGCCAUGCUGAAGCUCAAAGAGCCACUGAGUCUCUCAGGUGCCAUCCAGGCUGUUUGUCUGCCUCCCUACCAUCAGAACACCUCCAAUGACAGCGCCUGUUGGAUCUCAGGCCAGGUCUAUCCAAGACAAGAGAACUCCACGGUUCCCAUUGCUGAGGUGAGGGCAGAAAUGCCGGUGGUCCUACAAAGCCGCAAGGACUGCAACGGCUCCUGCGGAGAGGCGGGAGAAAUCACCCCACGGAUGCUGUGCGCCCAUUAUUUGGAUGGCACCAUCGGGGCUUGCAAGGGAGAAAGUGGCGGCGCACUGGUUUGCCAGCAUGAGUGCACGCAGCAUUUAGUGGGCAUCAGAAUCCAGGACGAUGGGUGCAAACGGCCAAAUGGGCCUGGACUUUAUACGAAAGUGGCUUCACUUCUGGACUGGAUCCAUCACGUCAUGGAAGAAGAUGAGGCAUAACCAAGCUGGCCAGAUUCCAAAGAAGUCCUGCAAGGAACAACAACAACAGAAGAGGGAAUGGGUUUGAGGAAUGUUUUCUAUCGCUUUAUUCCCCUUCCCACUUAUGCGGAUAUUGCUUUUUAAAACGGUGCAUGUCUCUAAAUAAAGCCAGGACGGUAUGCAAUAAA